GAAGCCUGUGCUGUCUUUGCGGAACUGAUGAAGAGAGUAAAUAAAAGACCACUGACAACUUGCUCUUCUUCUCAACAAGAAGGAAGGAUUUGAAAGCUGCGAAAAUGACAAACGUGUACUCUUUCGACGGCAUUCUUGUAUUUGGGCUUCUUUUCAUUUGCACGUGUGCAUACCUGAAGAAGGUCCCUCGUCUGAACAGCUGGCUCUUGUCUGAGAAGAAGGGUGUCUGGGGAGUCUUUUACAAAGCUGCAGUAAUAGGCACACGGCUCCACAUUGCUGUGGCGGCGUCCUGUAUGUGUAUGGCAUUUUACCUGAUUUUUCUGAAGUGACCCGGAUGAAUCGCUCUCUCUGGACACUGGACUCUGAACGCCUGUAGAAAUGCAGUGCUGGCGAGUAUCGCUGGAGGAGAUGCACAGAGAGCCGACUCCACCUGCGGUUUAACACCGAUUUAAGACCUGCUUUACAUUUCUGUAAAUGUUUAACUUAAGAUUAGAUUUCGGGUGAAUUCGGUCUUAGAUCAGGGUUAAACUGUAAUACCUGCCGAAAAUGAAGAACUUAUUAUGGAUUCAAACUUCUUUUGCUUGGGCUUAGAGGGGUAAAGUAAAGGCAGAAACAAUGUUAUCUUGUACAAUUUUUGAAUACAAGUUUUUUUUUUUUUUUUUUACAAAAAUGUCAUUUAUUGAGAGCUGUUUUAGGUUUAGGUGUCAUGAAUGGCUUAUGUCAUUAUUCAAAUUACCCCAAAUGUUUAUAAUAAACAUAAGACCUAUUGUUUGCAGCAUGGGACAAAUUAUGAAAAAUGUUCCAUAGACUUCAUGGAAACCUUCCCAUUCAAAUAGGCAAACUAGUAAUGC